GAAUAGAUUUGGGUUAUUUUGGUAGACCUUUAUAUGACAAGAGUGCCCAAUUGACAAGCCUCUGUGAAUCGUCGCAACUUAGAUUUGCCAAAAGAAAUUUUCGAGUCUAAAGAAAAAAGGGAUUGACCGUUGGUUGGAUUGGUUUUGCGCCCUGAGUAUUACGAGUAAUAUGAACUUUCAAAGAAUAUCCCCUAAUAUAUCAGAUACUGGAAACCCUUCGCAUAAUAUUAUAUCAACGGAUUACAACAGUGUUUUUCAGCGUCGUCAAACGGACUCCAAAACAGAAGACUCAAGGUCUUCUAAAAACCCUAUAGCCAGAAGCUUGCUACAGCGCCUCACAAUGGGAAACGAAAGUGUAUGGAUUCGAAUUGGAACUUUACGAGAAUCUAUAGGUGAUACCACAGGUGCUAUGGAAGCCUAUAAUAAUGCGUUGCGUUUCUCUUCAAACACUCCGACACCUCUUUGCAAAUUGGGUUCCAUUCUGUUACGAAAAGGACAACUGGAACAAGCCUUGAUAUACAUUCAACAGGCGUUGGCUUUGUCUGGCAAUAGUGGAGAAGCUUGGUCGUUGUUGGGAUAUUAUUAUUUAAAGACGGGAGCCUAUGAGCAAGCUUAUGAAGCUUUUCAAAGUGCUAUUAGGCUUCUUGGAGACCAAGCCUCUGCAUUUCUUUGGUAUGGAAUCGGUCUUCUAUAUGAGUUGAACGGUUCUACCGAUUACGCUUUGGAGGCUUAUCAAAAUGCGUUAAAAUUGAAACCAUAUUCCGAACAAACUAUCGAUAUCUAUUUGCAUAUUGCUCAUAUUUAUGAAGAGCGAGAAGCAUUGGAUGUUGCUUCCGAGUAUUUGAACAAGGCUUUUCUACACGUUUCUACUUUUAACUUUAAUACAACUAUUUUGGGAGAAAUAUUCUUUCGAAUGGGUGCUAUUCAAGAAUUGAAACGGAAUGUUACCAUGGCAAAGGAGUUUUAUUUGAAAGCACUCAAGGAGAGUCCGAAUCAUGCAAAGUCUUUGCAACAGUUGGGUUGGAUUGAGCAUGAAGAAGGCCGUUCGGAAGAUGGUUUUCAGUUGUUAAAACGAGCUGUGGAAGCUGACCCUAAUGAUGGUCAGGGUUGGUAUUUGUUAGGAAGGCUGCACAUGGCAAAGAAGGAAUAUCGCUCUGCUUAUGAUAAUUACCAGCAUGCUGUUUACUGCAACAGUCGAAACCCUAGAUUCUGGUGUUCAAUUGGAGUUUUAUAUUAUCAAAUGGGUCAACAUAGAGAUGCAAUGGAUGCUUAUACUAGAGCAAUCAGACUGAACCCAAACCUAAGUGAAGUAUGGUAUGAUUUGGGAACUUUAUACGAAAGUUUUUCGCAGUAUAAAGAUGCAUUGGAUGCGUAUAAGAAAGCAUUGGAGCUUUCUCCAAAUAAUUCUCAGAUCAAAGCUCGAGUGGUGGAAAUUGAGAAGAAUAUAAGGGAUGAAAAUGUGGGUUUGUCAUCAAGAGACCAUGGAUGGCAUAUGGAUACUCGUCCUUCAAGCAUUCUGGCAGUGGAAACUAAGGAACCUGAGGCAACUAUGGCUUUCGAAAUGCCAAAAAUGUCAAACGUCAGAGAUAGUAAUAGUUUAGGAGCUAUGGAAGCUUUAUAUGGUGAAGACCGAACAACCAAUCAACCUAUCGAGAAGUCUAUUGAUGAGAACUUGAAGAAACCUGUGGAAGAAAGUGAACAAGGUGACCAGAUUCAGAAGAGCAUUGAAGAGGAAUCCAAAGAUAAUGAGAAUAUACAACUUUCUGAAAACUGGAAAAAGGACAAAGAUAAUUCAGCUAGUCCAAGUGCAACGGCCUCAUCGUCUUUUAAUGAAGACGAAGAAUGUGAAGUUGCUACUGAAAGUGUUCCUACGAGUGGUACCGCUAUAAAGAAUAGUGUAGGGGAAUGGACGAAGCGAGAACAGUUAUUGACUAGUAAGAAUAACGCAGAAAGUGAAAGACACGAUGAUGAAAAUAAACAAGAAAAAGAAGAACAACAACAACAACAACCUGUUGCGAAACGACUCAAGACUCGCAGAGCACAGGAUUCUCGUUCAGAGUCUUCAGCAGAGAACGGAAAGACAUUCGAUGAGAAUCAAUUCAAUGAAGAAAAGUCGUCAACUGCCAUAAAUCAAGAUACCUGUGAGGACACACAAUUAGAGCGUAAUGACGAUAUUCCAUCGGAAGGAUAUUUAUCUGACUAGUCUGGAUUGGAAACUUUACUUUUGAUGUAUCAUCGUUUGUAGUGUGUUUUUGUCGAAGAGCUUGUUCUUAGAUAUGGAGAAUAGAUAUUGGAAUUUGCAGACUCUCGACUCAUUAUAUUGAGUAGGAAAAAUAGCAGAAUAUUUUCAAGUUAGGAUUCGACUUUUUCAAGCAAGUUUUGACAUUUCAUUCAUUGUCAUUGAAUCUCUUGAAUAUUUUGCUAUUCCUAUUAGUUUCGCUCAUUUUUAUGAUAUACAAGUGGAAAUGGACUUUUUGGAGCGAUUCUUAUAUAUAUAUCCAUAUACAGAUAUAAGUGUAAUAUGAUUGAUUUUAAUAGACCAAAUGGUAAACAACUACAAUAGAAUAUUCUUGGCUAAUCCAUUUCUUCAUUAUUCCAAAAACCCAAAAGUUGCUCCUUUUCCUACAAGAAUAAUACUUCUGAAAAGUAACAACGUUGGCUCAUUGCAAUUAUUAUUGAUUGAAGAGACUUGUUGAGAUUAGUGAAAGUCGUUGAUUUCAAAGGCUAUCCGCUUUGUCUCUUAUAUGUUAUUCUUUCGGGUGUUUACAAUAUAUUCCAGUCUUUAAAA